GUAUGCAUGCAUAUUGUGAUACAAAGUAUAAACUGUGCGGUACGCAGCAGCAUCGGGACGGGGUGAGGAGUGGUACAAAGGAAGAUUCUCGGUUCGAGCUAUUGUUCUCGAAUGUCCUCGCUAAGCGCGACGUGCAGCAAGAGUGGCCCUGGAGAUGCCCGACGAGCUGCUCCUUGGGCUGCUGCUGGACUAGGCCGAGAGUAAAGGCGCAUCCGAAACACACUGGAGGGUGCAAAUUUAUCUCUGCUUGUCUGACCUAAUCCAACAUUAUGGUUGGCUUUCUUGAGGAGGAUAAGGGAGUUUUUCCCAUCCAAAGUAUUUCUUCCAUUGUACAAAUCUUCCAAAAUCAACUGGAAAAUAGCGCUGAACCCGAUCUAGCCCUGCUUUCGAUUCUUGUUGGAGCUAUAGAAAAUUCUUUAACGUGCAAUCGAAAUUUUGGAUUAGACGAAGCAGCUGCUUAUGACGAACCAAAACUUCCACCUGUGGAGUACCAUAUGACCGAAGCUAUGUAUACAAAGUUUAAUUCGAUUAUUAAAAGUGCCGUUGAUCUUUCAGUAUAUAAUACUAAAUAUGCAACGAGAGAAUUGGUAAAACGCGUAUCAGAUGUUAUUUGGAAUUCACUAACGAGAAGUUACUAUAAAGAUCGUGCACAUUUACAAAGCUUAUAUAGUUACUUGACAUCUAACAAAUUGGAUUGCUUUGGAGUGGCUUUUGCGGUUGUUGCUGGAUGUCAGGUCUUAGGCUUUAACGAUGUGCAUCUUGCAAUGUCUGAAGAUCAUGCUUGGGUCGUUUUUGGAGAAAACGGCGAAGAAACGGCAGAAGUAACUUGGCAUGGUAAAGGUAAUGAAGAUAAACGUGGACAGCCUGUUGACCCUGGAAUAGCGUCAAGAUCGUGGUUAUAUGUUAAUGGUCAAGCAGUCGUAUGUAAUCGAGCGAUGGAAGUAGCAACAAUAGUUUCUGCUAUAAAUCCUAGUUUUAGUGCAACUGCGGAUGCUAUUGAAGUUGCUCUGCUACAACAAGAAUUACUUUGGUUACUUUAUGAUCUAGGACACUUAACAAAGUAUCCUAUGGCCCUUGGUAAUCUUGGAGAGUUAGAAGAAGCUGCACCUACUCCAGGACGACCUCCAGCGAUUAAUCUCUUUCAGGAAGCUGUUCAAUCAGCAAGAAAAUAUUAUGAAAAUGCCCAUGUUUAUCCUUACACAUACCAAGGAGGAUAUCUUUAUCGACAUGGUUUGCAUGCAAAUGCUCUUGCUUCGUGGGCUGAUGCUGCUGACGCUUUAAGAAAGUAUGACUAUUCAAGAGAUGAUGGAGAAAUUUACAAAGAGCUACUUGAAAUAGCGAAUGAACUCAUACCACAUACAGUGAGGGCAGAUGAACAUUUAUUGCGGCAACCUCGCUGCUUUGCUUACUUAUUACGAUUUUACGAUGGCAUUUGUCAGUGGGAAGAAGGGGCCAACACACCAGUUUUGCACAUUGGCUGGGCGAGACCACUUGUUAAUACUAUUUCAAAAUUUGAUGCAAAUAUACGUGCUCAAGUUGUGAUCGAUUGCUAUGAAGAUGAAGCUAAACUUUUAGAAGGAAGUUCUGAUGAAACUUUGAAUAACAACAAUAACAACAACAACAAUUAUUACAAAACAAAGGAGAGAUGCAGCACAACACGCGAACUCAUAAAGAGUCUCGAGUCGAAAGUACCUGAGAAUCCGGAGCCUAUGCACCCGGGUAUCCAAGCACUGGCAGCAGCCUGCGGGGAAAAAAUCCUGAACAGGGAUUAUCUGCUACAGGGGGACGGUGAGCCCUUCGUCGCUCCGGCAGACGGCACGAUGCUAGAGUUGCCGAUGUCGACGUCUUCUGUCUGCGGCAUUUCGACACCUUCGACUUCGCAGGAUAGCCUUGACGAUGGCUUAAGCGAGAUCGAUCUGGAGCUGGACUCCGAUGAGAGCGAGAGUCCGCGGAUAACACUUUACAGCCAAAAAAUGAAGGGCCUGAAAGAUUUGCUGCUCGCGGAGAAGCUCAACACGCACGCGGUCUCGCUGCAAUUGACCGCACAAAGUCAGGUACAGAUCGGUAAAAAGACGCGGGGCGGUGAGGAGGUUGUCAGCACUCUCGGGCAGCGCCCUAAAAGAACAAGGAGGGAAUAAUUACCAGACGAGACUGGUAUUGUCUUCUUUCCUGUAAUUGGCGAUCGACGCUCCGAUGAAGCGUCGCGUUGGAACCGAGAGAUUCUGUAGGUUGAACGGCUUGCUUUUAAAAUGAGACAGGCUAUUGUA